AUGGCAGCGGAGACCAAUCUACAAAGCACGGCUGUUCCAGAUGAGACGGUCAAGAGUUUGCAUAAAUUUAAGACCUCUCUUGAUAACACGCAAUUCAAAAUGGGAGUGACAUUAGGUACUGGAUCUUUUGGUCGUGUUCGUUUUGCAACACAUAAAGCAACUAAUACGUAUUGGGCUAUUAAGAUCCUAAAGAAGGCCGAGAUCAUUCGAAUGCAGCAGGUCGAACAUAUGUUAUCGGAAAAGUUUAUCUUGUUAUAUACAGCGAAGGACAAUGGCCGCAAAUUUGAUGUUGCAUGCUUGGUUGCUGGUCUGCUGGCUUUUGCCUACACAUAA